AUGAGAUCUGUCACCCCUUCAGCUGCAUCAAUCGAUUCAAGAGUUCCGAAAGUUUUAGUGAAUCCCGCCGACGGUCUUUCGCCCAAUACUCGAGUCUUGAUUAAUCGUUUAGAAACAAAAAUGUUACGGAAAAGUAGAUCUUUAAUGUCUUUAAUAUUCGGGAAACAGAAAGAAAAGGAUAGCAGAGCAGGAAAGAAGAGCGAAGCCCUUGUUUUUCAUGCGCUGGUCGUGAUUUUCCUAGAAUAUUUCGCUUGGGGAUUACUCACAGUUCCAAUUAUAAAUGUUUUGGCGGAAACAUUCCCAACUAAUAAAUUUCUUAUGAAUGGCCUAGUUUUAGGAAUAAAGGGUAUUUUGUCAUUCUUGAGUGCCCCACUCGUUGGAGCAUUGUCUGAUGUAUGGGGACGGAAAGUUUUCUUGAUUGUGACAGUGUUAUUUACUUGUAUGCCAAUACCGUGUCUCAAAAUUAGUCCAUGGUGGUACUUUUCUCUGUUUAGUAUCAGUGGACUGUUCUCGGUUACAUUCAGUGUAGUUCUAGCCUACGUUGCGGAUAUUACUGAGAAACAGGAUCGGUCAGCAGCAUAUGGAGUUGUUUCUGCAACUUUUGCCGCUUCUCUGGUUACUUCCCCAGCUCUUGGGGCUUACGUAUCAGAGACUUAUGGAGAUGGGACCGUUGUGUUCUUAGCAACUAUCGUAUCUUUGUUAGAUGUUCUUUUCUUAGUUCUUUUCGUUCCGGAAUCUUUGCCGGCUAAGAAGAGCGUAGAAGUAUUCAAUUGGCAAACUGCAGAUCCAUUCGCCUCAUUACGGAUAGUAUGGGAAGACAAAUUGGUCCUACAACUGGCAUUGAUUGUGUUCUUGUCGUAUCUACCUGAAGCUGGGCAGUUUUCAUGCUUCUUCGUAUAUCUCAAGCUGAUGGUCGGCUUCUCUCCGGAAGCUGUUGCUGCUUUUAUUGGCUUGGUCGGCGUUCUUUCAGUGUUCGCUCAAACUGGCAUGUUGUUGCUUCUUACAAACUAUUUCGGAACCAAGCAUACUAUCACUCUAGGGUUAAUUUUCCAACUUGUUCAACUAACUUGGUACGGGCUGAGCACGAAAUACUGGAUGAUGUGGACAGCUGGAAUCCUCGCUGCUAUGAGCAGCAUCACUUAUCCAUCAAUCAGUGCUUUUGUCAGUAUUUUGUCUGAUAAGGACAAGCAGGGUACUGUUCAAGGAGUUAUUACCGGUAUUCGAGGACUGUGUCAAGGAUUUGGCCCUGCUCUGUUCGGAUUUGUGUUCUAUCUCUUUGAUGUUAACCUGGACGACGAAGAAGGCCAUCUAGGAGUAGCUCAGUUCCCUCCGGUCAGAAUUCGUCCUAUACCAUUGACUGAAAAGAUCCUAUCACCGCGAAGGAACGAAACUUCAGUGAUUGAUAAACCUGCUUUCGAUUGGCAGUUGAUUCCUGGCCCUCCAUUUUUACUGGGAGCCUGUUUAGUACUUUUGGCAUUGUUAUGUAAUUCUUCCUUAUCAACAGCUGCUUCAAGCAAAUACUUUAGAAGAUCACCUAUUCAUUCACGUCAAAACUCAGACACGACGGGCUUAUUAUCAAACGAGUACAAUGAUGGGCAAGGAUGCUAA